AUGGCCAGUUGCUCUCUUUGGGGUAAUGAUGUUUCUUUUCAGGGUUGCGAAAACUUAGAGGACGCGCAGAUCGGUGUAUACAUACUCCUGCCUCCCUAUUCUCCUUCCAAAAUGAUUCGAGGCGUACCGGUCGGGCCCAUCAAUAAGGGUGACGAGUAUUGGGAAGCAUCUUGGACCAAGUUCUCGGACGCCAUCAGCGAAAAUCGCGUGGAGCGAGAACAUCAGCAAGAGUUCGAAGCCUGGUAUCCGAAAUCCCAAGAGAAAACCCUCUGUUUAGAAGACCAAGACUCUGCUGAGGGGUUCUUACGAUACCAGCGAAACCUCAAUCAAGCCAGAGUUCAACAUCUAACGGAUACGGGCCUUUGCAUGGCCCAUGUCCUCCACGAAACAUACAAAAUGCUCAGGCGUCUCAGUCCCCGGUAUGAGCGUGGAGGGCUAGGGAUGCCUCCGCUUGACUUUCUCAUGCAGAGGAUGAGCGUCUCUCUUGACCGCCAGCCGAGCAACUACAUUAAGACGUUCUGGAAGCAUGACGUCGACGAAAAAGACAUUAAUAGCCAUGAGCGGCAUUCCAUUACCUAUCCCCCUGUGCAAUCAAGACAGCCACUUUGA